UCUCCACCGCCACCCUUUUCCGGGGUAGGGAAACUGGUGGCAGAGCCGAAGCGAGGUAGCCGUCCGGUUAGAGACUGCGGCGGCGUCUAAGACACAGCAACCUGGUGCCAGUGUAGCUGGCCAGCUUCUCCAUUCAGGCUGCAUCCAGAGUUGGGGGAAAAAACCCUAGAAUUCUAGUGACCCACGGGAGGGUGUGGACUCAGAUCGCGAACUAUGCGGCGCAGACCAAAAUAGCGGAGUCGGAGGGCCACCGGAAGCCCCACCCCUAGGAGGAGUCGCGAAGCCUCGCCUUGGAGGUAGGAACCAAAAGGGACGGCCCCUGGGGUGGAGCCCGCCGGCCAUGGCCGCGCCCCCGGAGGCUGGUCCCGCAGCCCUGCGCUUCGCAGCCGCAGCCAGCUGGCAAGUUGUGCGCGGACGGCGCGUGGAGCAUUUUCCGCGAGUAUUGGAGUUUCUGCGAUCCCUGCGCGCUGCUGCCCCUGGCUUGGUUCGCUACCGGCACCAUGAACGCCUGUGUAUGGGCCUAAAGGCCAAGCUGGUGGUGGAGCUGAUCCUGCAGGGCCGGCCUUGGGCCCAGGUUCUGAAUGCCCUGAAUCACCACUUCCCAGAGUCUGGACCUGUGGUGCGGGACCCCAAAGCCACAAAGCAGGAUCUGAGGAAAAUCUCAGAGGCCCAGGAAACCUUUUGCCAGCAGGUGAAGCAACUAGCAAAGGAUUCUGUUGAUUUGGCUUCGAACCUACAGGGACUUGAGCAAGAGUAUGGGGAAACUUUCCUGGCUGCCAUGGAAAAGCUGUUUUUUGAAUACUUGUGUCAGCUGGAAAAAGCACUGCCUACACUGCAGGCACAGCAGCUUCAGGAUGUGCUGAAUUGGAUGCAGCCUGGAGCUUCUGUCACUUCUUUUGUCCUGAGCCAGUAUAUUGUGGACAUGGGGUGGCCACCUCCAGAGUGCUCUGCUACUGAUUCAGCGACCACCUCAGAGACCAUGGGGCAGAGUCCUCCUCAGCAGCCAAGACCAGCACUCGACAACCCUCUGCCAAAAGCCCAGCCUGGCCCACACCUUACACAGGGACCAAUCUCAAGGAAGCACCCGGAACCUCUGGCUGGCCACCACUUCAAUCUGGCCCCUCUAGGCCGGCGAAGAAUCCAGUCUCGGUGGGCAUCCACUAGCAGAGGCCAUAAGGAGCGCCCCACAGUUAUGCUGUUCCCCUUUAGGAAUCUGGGUUCACCAACACAAGUCACAUCUAAGCCUGAAAACAGGGAAGAACAUGGGACACACAUGGCAGAUCCAGCAGGUGCAGUGGGCACCAGAGCGGCCUCUGCUGGCAAGUCUAGGAGUCCAUCCAAGACCCUGGGGGGAAGGGCUCUGAAGGAGAACCCAAUUGACUUGUCUGCCUCAGAGCAAAAGGAGAACUGCUUGGAUUGCCCCAUGGGCCCCCUGAGACUGUCAUUAUCACCUCCGAGGGCCAGGAAGCCAGCGUGUCCUCCAUCUCUGUGCAGCUCUGACAUUACCAUAGGGGACCUGGUUUUGGACUCGGAGGAGGAGGAGGAGGAAAAUGGCCCGAGAGAAGGAAAGCCUGAUCCUAGAUCCUCAGAGGUGACUCAUCCUCUUCAACAAGAUCCUCCUUCCAUGCCCUCCCAACGUCCUUACCAAAAGCCUUGGCCACAUCGCCGGGACAGCUGCAACCUCCAUCCUGCAAAGUAAGGAGAUCUGUGAAGAGAGAGCAUCAUUUCCCAAGCCUUCUAGGAGGUUCCCAAUGGCCCACCUCCAAGCUGACAGGAACCCAAGAGUCCUGAUCCACCUCUCCCAGAGCCUCCAGACCUGGCAGAAAACCCCAUUGUUUGGCAGCCUCACACUCUACCCUGCCUGUGGGCCUUACCGAGAUGAUGUGGCCUUUGAGACCGUGCGCAGCAUCUGCACACUCCAUCACCGCACUCAGCUGUGGAUACCCCACUCCGGUUUUCUUCCGGGUGGUACACACAGAGCCUGUGAAGAACGUGACAAGGAUGAGAGUCAGGUUCUCCAGGGGUGCUGGCCACUGAAUGGGUGGCUGGUGGCCCCCAGUGAACCGGCUUACCUGGUCCAAUUCCCACUUUGAUGAUGUCAGCCCCAGAGAGGAUCAGCUCUUCCACCAUCUCUCCUGUUACUACAUUCCCUGCCUGGGACAGAACCAUCCAGUCAGCAUUCUUGGGACCCGAAACAGAGGAAGCUUUGUGCUUCCAACAUUACUACAAAGAUGGGUGCCUGGGUUCCUUCUGUUGGGCCCUCUGAGGGCUUUGAAAUGAGCCUCUUCAAAGGAGCCCACUUCCCAAGCUGAGGUAAGGAGCCAGUGUCACUGUUGUACUAAGGUAAAGCUGGGGUCCAACUGGACUAAACCCACAACUAAUUUACAGCAGAUUUCUCUCCCUCUCCAUGCCCACAGACCCAAACAUAUCUUGUGUUUUAGCUGUUAUGUUAUGAAACCUCUCUGGCUUCAGGAAAAAAGGGGAAAACAUGGAAAUACAGGCUAAAUACCCAUCUACACAAUUGUAUUUGCUUUUGGUGGACAGGACAGAGAGACCACUCGAUGCUGUGAUGAAAAGGAGGCCUUGUCAUCACUCUCCUGAGCUUGUAAAAAAUAUAAAUAAAUAAAACACUCUCUCAUGCAA